AUGAGAAUGCUUCUGCAUUUGACUUUGGUUGCUCUUGGAGCUGCCCAUGUUUGUGUCUUUGCUGUAGAAAGUACCCUGAGUAGACUGGUGGCAGAGACCUUGACAUUGCUCUCCACUCAUCGAACUCUGCUGAUAGGUGAUGGGAACUUGAUGAUUCCUACUCCUGAGCAUACAAAUCACCAACUAUGCAUUGAAGAAGUCUUUCAGGGAAUAGACACAUUGAAGAAUCAAACUGCACAAGGGGAUGGCGUGAAAAAAAUAUUCAAAAACUUGUCUUUAAUAAAAGAAUACAUAGACAGCCAAAAAAAGAAGUGUGGAGGAGAAAGAUGGAGAGUGAAACAAUUCCUAGACUACCUGCAAGUUUUUCUUGGUGUGAUAAACACGGAGUGGACAAUGGAAAGUUGAGACCUACCUCUUUCACUGUAGGGAAAGCUUCUGGAGGAGG